AUGAUGGAUAAUGAAUUUGAUCAAUCUAAAGAAUCAAGAAUACAACGAAAAAGAACAUCUUUAAUUGCUUCACUUGUUGCUUCAUUACAAAAAGAUGAACACAUUGAAGCUAAGAAAAAUGAACAGGAAAAAACUGAUUUAUCAAGAAAUGAAAUAUUACAUGAAAUGUUCUUAUUUCUGGUUGCUGGUUUUGAAACAGGUGCAACUUCUCUAGCUUGGUUUAUUCAUUUAGUAAGAAUAAAUCCUGUUGUCUAUUUUUCACUUAAAACUUCGACUAUAUAUCCUCCAUCAGCAAACAUUACGGUGGAUCAAAUUGACAAUGGGCCAAUAGAACAAGAUAUUAUCACACACAACAUUAAAACCCGCUCCUAUAAUCCAAAAGUAGCAUUACGUUGUAAUCGUGGAAUGAACGCUCGACUUUGGCUUGGUGGCAAGAAGUACAAUUAUAGAUGUUUUUGUCCACCAAGUUAUUACGGUAAAUUGUGUCAAUAUCAAAAUCAACGAGUUAGCCUCACAUUGCGAUUAUUACCAAUUGAUCGAUAUAGUAUUUAUGAGAUUGUCGUUAAGUUGAUUGAUGAUAAUUAUGAAAUAAAUUCUUAUCAAAAAUUUGUUUUUCUUUCCAGUUGGGGUUGUAGUAUGAAAUUCAAUACUUAUCUUUUAUAUUCAACUCGACCUAAAGAUAUCUCGAAAAACUAUAGUCUACAUAUCGAUGUAUUCGACAAGACUAAUAUGAAAUAUUAUGCAAGUUGGUAUUUAACCAUUCCUUUUCUUUUUCUACCAAUCAAUCGUUUAGUGGCUCAAUUAAACAUACCAUAUCGACAAGUCGAAAUUGAUCAUUCUUGUAAUCUCAAAUGCAGAAAUAAUGAUCGAUGUAUGAAAUAUGUCAAUACAGAAAUUUUUUUUUGUCAAUGUCAUGAUAAUUGGUCUGGUACUUUAUGUGAUAUACCUACUAAUUGUGCCGAUUAUUCGACCGAUUCAAUUUGUAUAGGUUCAAUGAAUAAUCAAUCAAUAUGUGUAUGUCCUAAUAACAAAUUUGGUCCACGAUGUCUUCUAACAUCUUGUCUAUCAAAUACAUGUCAGAACAAUGGUCGUUUAACAAAGAAAAAGUUUAGUUGUAUAUGUCCUAAUGAAUUCUAUGGAACGAAAUAUGAAUAUAGAAAAAUAAGACUUGAUAUUUCUUUCGAGAAAAUGGCAAAUCCUUCACAUAUAUUAAUUUAUAUCGGCAUAAUAUCAAAUGAUUCGUAUCCAAAACAUAUGGUUAUGUUUCAAAAGUUAAAACAUAAACAACAUAGUGUAACAUUCCAUAUCUUAGAAGCAUUUCAUAUUGUUUUCGCCAAAAUUAAUCAUAAUUAUUUUUUGAUCGUUCUUCAACAAUAUCCAAGACAUUUCAUUUCUACAUUGAUUAGUUCAAAUCGACAAUGUGCACCAAUAAAUGAACUAUUUACUUCUACUGUCAUGACAAUGGCAUAUAUUCAAUGA